AGAAACGGAAUUUUUAAUAUAUUCUCAUUGAACGUCGUUGAGAACAGACUUACAGUGAUCAUGAGUGCUAUUAUAAUUUUUCAGAUUCUGUGCUUCUAUCUUGUUUUAGAUGAUGUUUCUUCAGAGUGUGACAGAACUAAUGGACCCCUGGGACUGACAGAUUGUGUCCUUUCACCACAAUAUGCAAAAUACCAGGCCGCUGUUUGUUUACCCAGAACGAUGUCCUCUUUAAAUAAACACGUAACAUGUGCCGGGAAAACGACAAAUUUCUGCUGGUAUUUGUGUAAUACAGCUCCAAGUCACGGAGGUCUGUCAGCAUGCCAGUGCGAUCCGGAUUCCAAAACUGAAAGAAAUAAUUCCCCUCUUGACAAAGAGUGUUAUUUACCAACAAAAGACUGCUCCUGGUUUUCAAAAUGCUUGAAGAAGAAAUAUGACUGCAAUUCAAUAACACAUGCAGAAAACAAAUGUAAAAAAUUGAGGGGUCUUGUAAAAUUGUCCGUUUUGAAAUUGAGUAAGUUGGCUUUAGGUUGGGUUUGGAAAGUGACUUCUUGUAUACAGAGAGAUUUACUUCACCUCCUGUAUCCGCAGAUUAAAAGUGACUGUGAAAAAAUUGGGAAAGUAAUAGAUCAAUCUACUAACACAUGUUACUAUGAGCCACACUCUGGUAUAUGCACUUUAACGUUUCUUGAUGAAGUAAUCUUACUCAAAUAUGGAUUUGAAACAAAACGAUUUCAUUGCAAGUUUCAAAAAACUGUACCUGACUGGGCAAAAUUGCUUGUAUUCUAUGUGAGAAAUGACUCUCCGAAAGAUUAUAAUACCCUGGCUUUUGAAUUUGGUGAAUCACUCUCUAAGAAGUUUAAUUGGAAUUCUGACCUGACCUACAAUUCAAUGGCCUCGGAAACAACUAAUUGCAAGAGCAAACCUAUAAAAAUUCGUUUCUACCUUUACUCGAAAACCAAAAAACUCAAACAGAUAAACGUCGCCAAUGACGAUUUAAAAAAGUAUAUUGAAGAAGGGAAUAUGAAGGAUUUGGAACUGAAAGACAAGGCGCCAGUUUUUAUUGUCCGUGUGAUGAGCUGUAUAGAUACUCUGUGCUCUCCCGCUUUUACCUUCUUUUUUUACCAAGCACCGUGCAAGAAAAUAAAUAUAAUAAAAAGGAAGGAUUGGGGAGCCAGAGAACCAAGACAAAUCACCUAUAUUGAAGAUGAGAAUUCACCCGUCAUUUGGGUUUUUAUCCACCAUACGGUUACAGAUACAUGUUUUAACGUUGAAGACUGUAUAUCUAGAGCCAAACUCGUACAGAAUAGUCACAUGGAUGACGCAC